AUGAUGGCGUCAACGGCAAUUCAAGCAUUCGCUUCGCAGUAUUCGUUGUACUCAAAUUUCAUCAUAAGCAUUGUCGGAAUUAUAAGUAAUGUUAUCAAUCUAUUGGUUUUUGUUCAAUUGAAACCAUUCCGCGAGAAUCGCUGUGGGUUUUAUUUAAUAGUUGAAUCUGUAUCUGAUUUAGUCGAUGUUACGUUCAUCUUAAUAAUCACAAUCGUUUCUCUCGUAUACGGUGAUGAAUCUCUUAACUAUUCGCUCCUUUGGUGCCGAAUACGAUAUAUUACCUUCCAAACAGGAACAUUAACAACAUUUUCUAUGAUAUGUUUUGCUGCUAUAGAUCAAUAUUGUUCGACAAAUUAUCGACUGAGCUUGAGGCAAUUUUGCAAUUUGAAAUUAGCUCGAUAUCUCGUCUUGACGAGUGUAUGUCUUUGGUUUGUUCAUAGUCUCAUAUUCGGUCUUUUUGCAGACGUUAAUCCGACAGUAGGAUGUUAUAUAUCAAAUUCUGUGUGGAUAAGAUAUGGAACAUACUUUUUCUAUCCAAUUCUUUAUGGUUUUCUACCGAUUGCAUUGGCGUCUUUGUUUAGCAUAUUGGCUUACCGAAAUGUUCGUCGUAUUAUUCGCCGACAAAUUCCGAUUGAACGUCGGCGAUUCGAUCGUCAGAUAACUGCGAUGGUUUUGAUUCGUGUUGGAUGGUUUGUGACAGUUUCAAUCCCUUAUACAAGCUAUCGAGUGUAUUCGAUAAAUGUCAGCACGAAACAAGUCGAUGCACUCCGAUCUGCAAUCGAACGAUUGAUUCAAGUAAUUUUCUAUUCGAUUAUCAAUACGAACUACGCGCUGAAUUUUUAUAUUUUUCUGAUCUCGUCAUCACGGUAUCGUCGACAAGUGAAAUAUAUUUUCAAGAAAAAAUAUUGGCGACAAAUCAAAUGUCUCUGUUGUUUGGGUGAUAAUCAAGUUCGUCCGGAAAACACAAUGAUGUCGGAUGCAAAUAUUGAUCUUGAUUGA